UAUAUUGUUCUAAUCAAAUAUAUGUCAGAUAUAUGUCAAAAAGAUAUAUGUUAAAUCGUUUGCGAGACAAAUUGUUUUCCACUCGACUCUUUCUGCUGAUGCAUGGCGGCUCAUCUAUAUAUUGCUGAUAAUAUACUGAAAUUGGACUUCCCCUCGCUUUCUCGAAGAUUCUAUACACGUAUACAUAUAGUUAGUGUGUUGAGAUGAAAUCAGUGAAACGCUCUUUCGGAUUUCUUUAGAUUUUUAAUAUAAACAUGACCUUUCUGUGCGUAAACAAGUAAAAAAAAAAAGAAUAAUAAAGAACAAACAGCAGUGCGAUGGCGGAUUUUGAAUUUUAAUUAAAUGAAGAUAUUAAUUUGGAAAGAUCGUGAAAUUGCGUCAGACAAGCCAACUCCAUACAAUAGGACAUUUCUAUACUGUCAACGAUAAGCAAACGAUCUUUGAUUUGUAUAUAAAAGGGAGAAAUUUGUAUAUAAAAUAUAUAAAGAUGUCUAAAUCUGUAAUUAAUGUACUCCAAGAGCUUUCGCUUAAGCAAGGAUUUAUUCCUAUAUAUAAUUUUACAGAGAAGAAAAGUAAUGAAAAUAAUUUGCAAUUUAUAUGUAAUGUAUCUUGUAAGCAGUUCAAAACAUUUGGUACAGGAAGUUCCAAAAAAGAAGCUAAGCAUAAUGCUGCAGAGAACAUGUUGUCACUUUUGGACACAAAUAAUGAAAUUUCAUUACCAGCAGAUUUUUCAUUAGAGCAUAUUAUCUCUAGUAAUUUAUCUCCAGUUAAAAAUACGGUAUUUACAAAAAUAUGCGAGACAUCUUUGUCUCCACAAUCAGUUCAGUCAGUUGAUUGUAAUUAUGUUGGAAUGCUACAAGAGCUUUUUCAACGAUUAAAAAUCCCGGCAAACAACAUUGAGUAUCAAGUUGUCUCCGAAGAAGGACCAUGUCACUUGAAAACUUUUACAAUAGAAGUCAGCGUGGGAUCAUACAAAGAAAGGGGCUCAGCACAGUGCAAGAAAACUGCCAAACAAAAAGCUGCGAAAAAUUUGCUAUUGCAUUUUAAUCAAAACAUAAUUAGUCCAAAUACGACUAAUCAGAUUAUAACUAAUCUAAAUAAAGAUAAUCAAAAGACAGAUAGUUUAAAUGAAACUGAUCAGAACACAGGCAAUCUAGCUGUAACUGCUCAGAACAUAGAUGAUUUAAACAUAAUGAAGUCAAAAAACGUAACUAAUUCAAAUAUAACAAUCAAUAAAAUAACUGAAUUUAAUAUGAAAAGUCUUGAAAAUGCCAUACGAGAAUUAGGCACAGGAAUAUUAGAAUCUGUAUCCAAUCAAUCAACUUUAGCAGUAGCGAAAUUAUCAGAGAAAGCAAAAUCGUUUUAUUUAGAAUACACCAAUCAAGAGUAUAAGAUGGACAGGCAGGAUCCUUAUGUUAUUAAUAAUUUUCAUACUUUAUUCGAGAAAAAUUAUUCUAGUAAAAUUUCUUAUCGUAUGAGAGAGAAAAUGCAGAGUAUAAUAGAUAAAUACAAUGAUCAAAUGGAUUUGAUACGUGAAAUCAGACAAGAUUUAGAGAAAGCAUUACAAGUUAAGAUAGAAGAAGUUAAUGUAAAAACUGUAGACUCAACAAAAUGCCACAUAAUAUGUUUACGUUUGUUGUCGUCUCCUCGUAUUACACAAUUCGGCAUGGGCGAAACUAAACUUAAAGCAGAAUCACGUGCAAUGUAUAAUCUUAUGAUGUCUAUCUUGAUACUUUUGAAUGCUUGAUUCUAUAUUUCAUUUUCUAUAUUGAUUUUAUGUUUCUUCAGACAUAUAGAAAUACACCAAUGAAUUUAAA